AACUUGCGUUUGUUUUGCCUGCAGUUCAGCUCGAUCCGCUAGCACGCUUUCGCGCGUCCCGUGAAAGUUUCUGCGUAGAAGUGAUUCACGUAGUUUUGCGUAUCGCACUUCAACCCAAUAGCGCAGAUUACCAGCACCUUGUGCCCAGGCGUCGGCCAAAAACCCGUGUGUUCCGCGUGAAACCCUUAUCCCCGUGACAGUAACAGCAGCAGCAGCACCAUCACUCGUGAUUCGUUCAAGUGUUUGCCACAUCACUUCGCUACCAUCGCGAUUGACUGCAUCGUGUUUCGCGUGUCGAUUAGUGCUCCCAAACCACCGUCGUCAAUGUGCAGCCAGGAUGAAUUGCGAAAUCUUACAGCAGGACAUCCAAUCGUUAUUGGAAUACUUCGCCAAAAACAUGUACCGUGCGAAGGAUUGUGAAAAUGGCAACGACGUUAUGCAUCGGUGUAACGUACUUCUCCAGCAGGACUACAGCGUGAUAGAGAUCAGCAACAGCACCGGCGAGCUAUCCUCGCAUUAUCCUAGUACUCUGCUUAUUCCGGAGUAUGAAUACAAGAGCCUCUCCAGCAGCACCAAUACUCAGGCACCAACUCAGGGCCCCAACAAUGGCUAUCCAACCAGCAACACCGACUUCCUGCCACGGUCCGGCAAUCUAGCAGCCGAACUACGUCACCAGCAGCAGCAACAGCAAUCCGGACCAGCUGCUACUCAACAGCAACAGCAGCAACAACCAACUGUGCCUUCGUCAGGACAGCAGCAGCAGCCACAAACUAUUUACGAGACAACGUACGAUGCAAACAAGCUACGGGAUUUGAUUAACAAAGCACGAUUCGCCCGAUGCCGGGCUCGAUUUCCACUGCCGGUUAUACUAUACAAGGGAAAGUACAUUUGCCGAUCAGCGACGCUGUCCGGUGGGCCGGAGAUUUACGGCCGGUCCGGGUUGGAUUACCUUUUCUACAGUUCGGACUCCACUGCUACCUCACCGACGUUGGAUGAGGAUGCGUACGAAGCACGGGAGACGUCCCUUUCGGAGGACACGUUCGAGGAGCCGAUCACAAACAGCGACUGGCAGCUGUUCGAUCGUGUGCGCAGCCAGGAUAUCAAGCUACUGAAGACACUGAACGUUGGCACGAUCGUCGACUUUAUGGUGGAAAAGAAGAAGGUCAAAUUUGGCAUGAACGUCACUUCCUCGGAGAAGGUGGACAAGGAGAAGCGGUACGCCGAGUUCAAGAUCGUCUCGCUGCCGUAUCCGGGGUGCGAAUUUUUCCGCGACUACCGCGAUAACAACUUUUCCGGCGAGGGACUCGUGUUCGAUUGGUCGCAGGCGCACGUGGACGCGAGCAUCGGCGUACCGGAAGACUCAGUAACGGCGCAGCUGCCAAUCGACUGGGAAAACUACAAGGACUGGGAUCUGGUGAAGAUCACGCAGAACUAUCUGAAGCUCCUGCUGCGCUACCUGCAGGACAGCAGUUCGGGGCUACUGAUUCACUGCAUUAGCGGAUGGGACCGGACACCCCUGUUCGUGUCACUGCUACGCCUCUCCCUGUGGGCGGACGGGGCAAUCCAUCAGUCGCUGAGUGCGGCACAGAUUCUUUACUUUACCAUCGCCUACGACUGGCUGCUGUUCGGUCACAAUCUGCCCGAUCGGCUCAACAAGGGCGAGGUGAUUUUUUUCUUCUGCUUCUACGCCCUAAAGUACAUCGCCGAAGACGAGUACAGCAUUUUGGGUCAACGCUACAAAAGCAAACACAGCAGCGGAAGCAGCAGUAUAGGCGUUAUUCGAACGGACAGCGAAAGUAUGCUCGAUGGGAUACUGCUGGACGGCGAGAGCCGGGGCUCGAGUGUUUCCCUCAACUCAACGUGCAGCUGCCUCAGUGGACGCAGCUCGUCCCAGCAUGACACCCAGACGUGCAUCAGUGUAGGUGGAACCGCGGGGUCUGGCGGUAGCGGCAUCAGCGUGACCAUCGGUGGCUCCAGCUUCCAUCAUGCUGACUCCCACAAUAAUACGAGCGGUGGCCGACCAAUCGUCGGCGGCUACCAUAAUCCACAUGACGAUAGCUUGAAUGCCAGCAAUGGCAAUGGCUGGUUAGCGCAUAGUCACGAUAGUAAUAGCAGUAUUGGAUGCAUAUCGAACGAUAGUACUACUAAUCUCAGUAAUCAUUGCGCUUGGUCACCGCAACCGACAAGAACUAGUCCCGUUUCCGUACCAGUAGCGAGUAGGUUACGUCAACGGCAAGAAUCGACCUCGUCCCUAUCCGUGGGCAGCUGGCAGAUGAUAUCCGGCACCGGGAGUCUUCGCAGUUCCGACUCGGCAACGGAACUGCAUAACCAUCAACACGCAGCGGCCGGCCACCAAUACCCGCAUCACCAUCAUCAUCAUCAUCAUCAGCAUCAUCAAUCGCAGUACCACAACCAUGUAAAUAGCAAUCUGUACGGCAAUAAUCAUCCCUCGUCUGUGAUGUACACCGUCGGUGGCAGUGGAGCGACCACGGAUGCGACUGCCACGACACCGAACGCCAACCAUCUACACCAUGGGCACGGGCAUGCUGCUCCACAUUUACAGCACCAGCAACAGCAAUCGCAGGAUUCCAGCUGCUGCACAAUACUAGAUGACGAGUGCUUUAAUUCAUCCUACAGUCACGACUUUUAUGCUAUGCGACGUGAACGAUUAAAUCAAGUACGAACGUUAUUCUACAAUUGCUACUACUCGACGAUUGCAUUCAAAUUUAAAUCCGUACCGGAUUCGGCGCUCGGUAGUUUGCUCGGAAAUUUUGCGGAAAAAGUGGGCCUAGCGCAUCGGACAUCCGUUUAGAGACCUAACCCGGCUAGACAACGAGUGGAACCGAAACCCUGGGAGCGAAAAGGAAUAGAAAGCCAAGCCGAACAACAAUAAGUAAUGGCAUCAUCCGCGUGCAUCCCCUGCGCUCUCCAGGAUUAGGAGAGGGUUUUUUUCUUCUGCGUCGUCGUGCAAGAGUCUUCCACAUUGUUGGAAUUGCAAGGUGUUUUUCAUAUAUACAUAUAUAAGUUUUUUUUUUUUCUUGUGUUAAUAUGCUUUUUGUUCAGAUUUUGUAUAAUAACCUCGUAAGCUACCGGCGUGUAACUCAGGUGACGUGUUUGAACCUUUUCGUAGCAAGAAAGGGUAGUUGUUUUGUUCAAAUAAAGCGCAAAACUGACUGUGAAAGAGA